UAAGGCACCGACGGCCUAUACCGUCUCGGAAACUCUCAAUCAGACGCAAGCAAACUGAGAGGAGGCGGCUAAUUAAAUAUUGAGCAGAAAGUCGCGUGGGGAGCGUGUCACGUGGGUCUCGAGGCUCGUGGAGCCCUGGAUAAAUAGCUCAGUGAGCGGAGCAGCCACAGAGCGCUCCUAGACCUCCUCAAGCCUCGCUGCAGACCCGAGUGCGAGCGCCUGGCGCGCAGACACCACCGCCAGCAAGCGCAGAGCUGGAUCACCGCAAAGUUCAACAUGAAAAUCCUCGUGGCCUUGGCAGUCUUUUUUCUGAUUUCCACCCAGCUGUUUGCGGAAGAAAUCGGAGGCAGCGAUGAUCUGAAUUAUUGGUCUGACUGGUCUGAUAGCGACCAGGUCAAGGAGGAGCUGCCCCAGCCCUUUGAGCAUCUUCUGCAGAGAAUCGCCCGCAGACCCAAGCCUCAGCAGUUCUUCGGAUUAAUGGGCAAACGUGAUGCUGAUUCCUCAAUUGAAAAACAAGUGGCCCUGUUAAAAGCUCUGUAUGGGCAUGGCCAGGUCUCUCAUAAAAGGCAUAGAACAGAUGCCUUUGUUGGACUAAUGGGCAAAAGAGCUUUAAAUUCUGUGGCUUAUGAAAGGAACGCAAUGCAGGAUUAUGAACGAAGACGUAAAUAAACUACCUAAUGUAUUAUUUAUUGAGCUGCAUCUGUGUUAAUGGCCAAUGAGAGGUAAAAUGAAUCAUGCACUAUGCGAAGGAAUUAUUUAUUUAAUAAUAAUUAUUGCUUUGAGGUGAAAACCUAAAAAUGUGUUUAUUUUCCAUAUUGUGCCAAUAUGUAUUGUACAAGUAUGUUCCAAUUCUAAUAUGACUCCUUCAGAAGUAGGAACCAGUGAUAAUAACUCAACAAAACAUUGUGUCCAAUGAAAUUGUAAGGGGGAAAGAAUCAUCAAUGAUAUAGCCUCCAAAGAAAGAAGUUUUUUUUUUCCCCCCUUUGGAAUGAAUCACAUCAGCUGUUGAGAAGGAAGGAACUCACAGAUUGGCUUGUGCUUUUUCAUUUGUUUUCAUGGUGAAACUGUAUGGAGAUUUGAUAUUUGUCUUUGUAUCUCUAAAGCAUGUUCUGUAAUUUGUGAAAAUAUUAAAUAGAGAUGUUUUGAAAAUUUUAAUUGUGACUCUUGUCAUUAUAUCAUUGUAUGAUGUGUUAUGAUAGUUAACAUUUUA